AUGGUCGAAAUCAAGCACCCCAAGACCAUCCGCCCACUCAGCCGAUUCAUCACCACCCAUAACGACGACGGCAAAGCCAUCUUCUCCAACAUUCUCCCCGAGACUCUUCCCGUGCAACAGAUUCCAGACGGCGCUCAAUUCAGCCUCGCCUACACCACCCAGCGAUUCCCCGCCAAACUGGACAACGACGCCGACAUCACCGAAUACUCCUCCCACCUGUCCAGUCCCCCCGGUCUGUCCAUCUCCAGCGGCACCGUCUGCCGCAUCGUGGACAUUCAGCCGGGGGCGACCAGCCCGAUGCACCGCACUGUGUCCUUGGACUAUGGCGUUGUGCUCGAGGGAGAGAUUGAGCUUGUCCUGGACUCGGGCGAGACGAGACUGUUGAAGAGAGGGGACGUUGCGAUUCAGCGCGGUACGAACCAUGCUUGGAGGAAUGUGACGCCGGAUGCGGUGGAUCCUGAGACGGGCAAGUCGAUUCCGCAGUGGGGAAGAAUGUUGUAUGUUCUUUCGCCGACGGUGCCUCUGGAGGUUGGCGGGCAGAAGUUGGGAGAGGAGAUUCAUGGUAUGGGUGUGCCGUCCAGCUCUUGA